CGGAAGCCGCGGGGCCUUCUAAAUCCGAAAGUCUCCGGAGCUUGCGCCAGGCUCUUCGCGGCGCCCCCCACUUAGACGCGGGGCUUCUGAGCGGGUGGGGGAGAAGGAACUGUUGCCGGUGCGGAGACCAGGCGGCCAGCGUCCGCAGGGAUGAACCUCGAGUUGCUGGAGUCCUUUGGGCAGAACUAUCCAGAGGAAGCGGAUGGAACUUUGGAUUGCAUUAGCAUGGCCCUGACGUGCACCUUUAACAGGUGGGGCACACUGCUUGCAGUUGGCUGUAACGAUGGCCGAAUUGUUAUUUGGGACUUCUUGACAAGAGGCAUUGCUAAAAUAAUUAGUGCACACAUCCAUCCAGUCUGUUCUUUGUGUUGGAGUCGAGAUGGUCAUAAGCUCGUGAGUGCUUCUACAGAUAACAUAGUGUCACAGUGGGAUGUUCUUUCAGGCGAUUGCGACCAGAGGUUUCGAUUCCCUUCACCCAUCUUAAAAGUCCAAUAUCAUCCUCGAGAUCAGAACAAGGUUCUCGUGUGUCCCAUGAAAUCUGCUCCUGUCAUGUUGACCCUUUCAGAUUCCAAACAUGUUGUUCUGCCGGUAGACGACGACUCCGAUUUGAACGUGGUGGCUUCUUUUGAUAGGCGAGGGGAAUAUAUUUAUACAGGAAAUGCAAAAGGCAAGAUCUUGGUCCUGAAAACAGACUCUCAGGAUCUUGUUGCUUCCUUCCGAGUCACAACGGGAACAAGCAAUACCACAGCCAUUAAGUCCAUUGAGUUUGCCCGGAAGGGGAGUUGCUUUCUAAUUAACACAGCAGAUCGAAUAAUCAGAGUUUAUGACGGCAGAGAGAUUUUAACGUGUGGAAGGGAUGGAGAGCCUGAGCCUAUGCAGAAACUGCAGGACUUGGUGAAUAGGACCCCAUGGAAAAAAUGUUGCUUCUCUGGGGAUGGGGAAUACAUAGUGGCGGGCUCUGCCCGGCAGCAUGCACUGUAUAUCUGGGAGAAGAGCAUUGGCAACCUGGUGAAGAUCUUGCAUGGGACCAGAGGAGAACUCCUGCUGGAUGUGGCUUGGCAUCCAGUCCGACCCAUCAUAGCUUCUAUUUCCAGUGGAGUGGUGUCCAUUUGGGCCCAGAACCAAGUAGAAAACUGGAGUGCAUUUGCACCAGAUUUCAAAGAGUUGGAUGAAAAUGUAGAAUAUGAGGAAAGAGAAUCAGAGUUUGAUAUUGAAGAUGAGGAUAAGAGUGAGCCUGAGCAAACAGGGGCUGAUGCUGCUGAGGAUGAGGAAGUAGAUGUCACCAGCGUGGACCCCAUUGCGGCCUUCUGUAGCAGUGAUGAAGAGCUGGAAGAUUCAAAGGCUCUGUUGUAUUUACCCAUUGCCCCUGAGGUAGAAGACCCUGAAGAGAAUCCAUAUGGCCCCCCACCGGAUGCAGUCCCAACCUCCUUGAUGGAUGAAGGGGCUAGUUCAGAGAAGAAGAGGCAGUCUUCAGCAGAUGGGUCCCAGCCACCAAAGAAGAAACCUAAAACGACCAAUAUAGAACUCCAAGGAGUGCCGAAUGACGAAGUCCAUCCACUACUGGGGGUGAAGGGGGAUGGCAAAUCCAAGAAGAAGCAAGCAGGCCGGCCUAAAGGAUCAAAAGGUAAAGAGAAAGAGUCUCCAUUUAAACCGAAACUCUACAAAGGGGACAGAGGUUUGCCUCUGGAAGGCUCAGCGAAGGGUAAAGUGCAGGCGGAACUCAGCCAGCCCCUGGCAGCAGGAGGAGCGAUCUCAGAACUGCUAUGAAGACGGUGAAACUCGGUUUUUCUCACGCUGUCGUCAGGUGGCCUUUGGACAGUGCGGCCAGUCAUUUGAGAUUGGCUUUAAUCGAAAACAAAGGCCUCUGCCUCCCACCCAGGAGGUGGAAGGAGGAUUUUAUGUUUGAAUGAAGAAGUGAAUUAUGGAAGAAGAGCACAGGUCCCUGCCUUCCCUUUCAAGCAUAAGUCCAAAUAGGCUCUCAGGAAUGAGGAUGCGUGAAGACGUCGGGAGAUCUGACUCACUUCAGCUUCACACUUGGUUGUGUUGCUGGUGAAAAAUGCCCGUGUUUUGUUCACCUGACUGUUGAAGUCACAUCCUUUGGACAUGUCAUUCCCAUCUCCUGCUGCCUUCCAUCCUCAAUGCAUGUCCUUGUGACUUGUUCUUUUCUGAAAUUUCGCUACCAGUAUCCUAGGAAAACCGGUGCAUUUUCUGUUUCUUUCAUUCAUAACUCCCCUUCUCAGAUGCUUCCUGUAUUUCUAUAUUGUGUAUAAAGGUUGGACAGAGAAGCGAGUGCUUGAAAGAUUUCAAAUUGGCAGAAAAGGAAGGAAUCUAGAAGGCCCCUGUCAUUCUGUCUCGGGAGGCUGGGCUCUAGAGAAGCUGGGGUUUCCCUUGCAUUGCAUGUUUCCCAGUAUCAGAUCUGUUUGAUAAUCAUGGUUUUUGGAUAUGAUUAGUUUUACCCAUCUCCAGCUAAGGAUCAUCAGUAGUUUGUGUAUUACUUUAUCCGUGUUGACUUCCAGAGUUAGAAACAAAGCAAGGUGUGUUUCUCCACAAGCUUCUGUAUCAUGGGGGUGGGGCACCUAUUCGAGGACUGAUGUGAAACCCCCAAAAUCAAAGCAGCAGCAGCUCACUUCAAAUCCAAGAUGAGGUUCAUUCGUUCAGUCAUUGCCUGUGGAGAACCUAUCCGCACCAGCCCUAGUGUGUCUCUCUUCCUGGAGCCAGGCCCUCUGUGUUUUCACACACUUCCUUUCUGUGAAAGGUUGCUUAGCUUUUUUUACCCUUCUCUUUCUCACCCUGGCUCUCUCUGCAUUUGCUGUUCUUUUAAUAAAAAUAGCAAAUUGGA